AUGAGCUUCCACACAUGUAAAGCCCUAGACUUGCCUAUUUGUGCACAUGCAAGUAAAUUGUCAAUUAUGUGCAUAAUGCUAAAAGAUAUAUUAGUACUUCUAGAAACAAAUUGGAAUUGUCCAUCAAUGGCGGCAUUUUGAGGAAUCCUUUGCAAAGCAGAGGCUGAAUGUCGUUCUGCGCUCAACUGAUAAGAGAUGAGCUGGGAGCUGCUGCUGACUGAUUAUUGUGAGACUCUCAAGGGACAACUCUCAUAGUAUCUGGCAUGCACGCGAAAAUUAUAUAAUCCUAGAUGUUUGUAAAAAAAAUACUCAAACGAUCACUCUAAGUAUGCCCCCACAUGGAAGAAGGGAAGGCCUGUAAUUGGUGGAGACUCUUGCUGGACAGCUAAAGGGUUUGUCAGCUGCAGUUCUUGUCUAAGUGCGAAGUGAAAUAUUACUUUUUUUCAUAUUUAGAUUUGUUUUAUACAUUAACUAUCAAAAACAUAAAAAAAAGGUAAUAUCCUGCCAAUUGUGUCUGCUCUGUCACUUUUUUGGGAAGAUUAAUAUAAUGAAAAUCCUAGCUGGCGUGGUCUUUGUGAAAUAGCAUUGAUGGUUAAAACACACACAGGGUUAUUCACUGGGAAUUCAAAUCGAGUCAAAAUAACUAAAAAUUCUUCAAGUCAUCUAUGUUUCUAACUGCGCUAUUUUGGUCUAAAAUUCAAAAUUCACUUUGAAUUGUCUAACAAUUCUGACUUAAAUUAACAAGAAUGACAAUAAGAGAAAGAUGGAGACUAGAUAAAUAAAUGGGAGAAAAUAUGCCAAAAUAUCUUUAUUUGAAAAUGUCUCCAGUUCAACUGGUUUUCUUUCUUGGCUAAUUUGGUAUAAAGAUAAUAGUUCUCCACGUUUACAGGUUUAGUAAAUAGUUACUUGCUCUGACCACAUGCUCACAGACUCAAUCUCCGUCAGAAGGAUAAACAAACAAACAAAAUGACCGAUGCACCUAUUUUAUAUAUAAUGUGUGUAUACUAUUACCAUCCUUUCUGAUCAAGGGACUGCAAAAAUAAAAUAAAGAAAAAAUAAGAUAUAAAACUAUGAAUAUAUGAAAUAACACCCCCUCUGGUAAUACACUCCCAUUUGACUGAGUCUAUAAAACCAGCACAAGUAUAUCAGGAGGAGUAGAGAUGAUCCAAUUCGAUAUUCAGGUAAAGAACCACCUAUGCUGAAUGUUCCUCCAGGUCCGCAGUUAAGUAACCACAAUAAUAUUUCUUCCUGUAAGUAAACUUCUGUAUCUUCAUUUCAAACCCAGAAACAAAUAACAGAAGUCAAUGCAUUUCAACAAGAGAUUGUCUUCCUCAGGUGCAUGAUUGCCUCUUUCUUACAGCCCCUUAAUUGCUGCUGUACAUAAAGACGUAUCUUGUAGUAUAUGUUAAACAAUAAACCUAUGGCAAAGGCCAAUAGGGUCACCUGCCUCUGGGGUGCAUCGCAUGGGGACACUUCAGGGAAAUCCCAAACCCUAUUCUCAAUGAUAUUGGACAGUUGUAUAAAUUAUGUAAAUUGCACAGCACACGCACCCUUGUUUUGCAGGAAGGGCAAAUGCCUCAAGUCAACAUCAUACUGGCAGCCACUAGAGGUGCUUCCAUAGAAAUAGUCGACACUGUAGUAAAACUGCUCAUAGAAAAACUGUAUUUUUACACCUUGCAAGGAAGAGGCGGGUACCUAACCUUUAACAUUGCACUGUAGCUUUAAGAAUACACAUUUGAAUUCCUAACGCUAUAUAGUGUUCAUUUAAACCCGGCCAAUCCUAAGGAGCAUUAAUACGCGCUUUCCUCUGUUUUAGCUUUUCUGAUUCUAACCUAAAUUCUGUGUGCUGGGGUACAUUGCAUCCUGACAAUAAGCAGUUUAAUCUCAUCACUAGAUGCUCUGAUUCAACUUCAGGACUUGGUUUCAUAUCAAUAGAAUGCUUUCCUGUACUCCACCAGACAGGGGUCCUUAACCGCUCGCACUGACUGUUCCUUACUCAGUCCUGUGAGGUAUUGCCAGGAGCAAGUGAUGUCAGAUCACUCCCAACCAGCAAUAGUGCCAAAUGUGUGUGAGGAGAGGAACCAGCCACCUGCGACCCCAUGCAAGUUUGAUCCCAAACUCCAAAAUGCUUACUAAAAGGAAGGGUGGCUAAACAAAAUGUUAGCGGUAGUCUAUGUGUGUAGACUUUAGGUCUGUGUAUAACAAUGUAUGUAUAUGUAGCUGAGUGUGUGUUUAGCAAUGUAUGUAUAUUGUUGUGGAAAUGAGAUAUUGACAUAUUUUCUAGUUAGUAAAAUGCCUAUUUACUAAUUUAACUGAAAUCAGUGUAUAAGCUAUUCAUGCAUAUUUAGACAAAAUGGCCACUAGAAGCUUCUAACCCCUCUCUCCCUAUAACACCGACUAACUACCUCGUGUAGCAAGAUGGCGCUGGAAUCCGGGGGAGACCCUCAUGGUUCCAGUGACAUCACCCUUAGUAGGCAGAGCAUUAAGAAGACCACUUAACACUUAACCAAUUAUUGAUGUAUUAUUUCAUGUUAUCUCUGACAAUGCUUAUGAUGUAAUUCUGCUUUAAAAGGGACCUGCCGUCCCCUCUGAAUAAACAUUCCUCAAGUUAUUCAACAACCUGAAACCUGUGUCUGGUGUGAAUUACUUCAGGGAGCGUGCACGCAUUGUUUCCUUAAUUUGGCCAGGGGCAGAUACACAAAGAAUAAUCAAUUUAUUGAUUGAUUUUCCAUUUCAUAUAUGUCGUAGUGUGUGUGUUGUAUGUGUGUGUAUCAGUUCCUGCAAAGUGUGCGUGUGUGUAGCACACUAUACUGUAUAGUAGCUGGGUGUAUGUAUGUUUAGCAGAGUGUUUGUGUGUGUGCAGCAAUUUGUAUUUGGCUGUAUGUGUGUGUCUUGCAGUGGGUACCUGUGUGUGUCUGUGAGAGUAUAUCUACAUGUCUGUCCUGUGAGAGUGUCUAGAAUGCAUGUGUGUGUCUGAUUUAUUAUUAUUAUUGCCAUUUAUAUAGCGUCAACAGAUUCCGUAGCGCUUUACAAUAUUAUGAGGGGGGGAUUUAGCUAUAAAUAGGAUAAUUACAAGAAAACAUACAGGAACGAUAGGUGGAAGAGGACCCUGCUCAAACAAGCUUACAGUCUAUAGGAGGUGGGGUAUUAAACACAUUAUGACGGGAAAUAGCAAUCAAAUAAGGUGGGAGUGAAGCAGAGCUGGAGGAGAAAGUAAAGCGCUGCCCUUUAGGAGAGAGCAAGGGACAGGUAUGUGAGGUAGAGGUUACUCUGGGAGGCCAUAAGCUUUCCUAAAGAGAUGGGCAUUUCUUAAACGAUUGAAGACUAGGGGAGAGUCUGAUGGCGGUAGACAGGCCAUAUCUAUAGGAAGAAGUCCUGCAAGCGUGAGUUGGCCUUACAGGUGCCAGCAACGGACAGGAGAAGGUCACGGGCAGAGCGGAGAGACCCAGAAGGGACAUACCUAUGGAUCUGUGAAGAGAUAUAAGAGGGGUUAAAAUUGUUCAAUGCUUUAUAGGUAUGGGUUUGUCAUACCCCCUCGGAGACACUUCCGGGUUUCGCAGAUCGACUCCGCCCGUAGUCUGACGUCAGAUGCAGCCCCUUUAACCCCUUAGGACCAAACUUCUUGAAAAAAAGGGAAUCAUGACAUGUCACACAUGUCGUGUUCUUAAGGGGUUAAAGGGCAGCCGCAGCAACUUUUUAAUUGCUCAGCUAAUUUGCUAGUUAGCGAGACAAAGUUGCCAAUUGAGCUCCCUCCUGUUAAUCUACAUGUACCAAACCCCUGCUUAUACCUACCUGAUUGCUGAAUUCUCCAAACCCUACCUGACUUUGCUGAAUUCUCCAAACCCUGAUUCGGAGCAGACUACUGACUACCCUACAACCUUUCACUCAAGCUAAAUUGUUAAAGUAUCUGCUUCUAUACAAAUUAAAAGCCUUUAACUCUUCUAUUAUUUCUGCUGGAUUAUCUCUAUAACAGACCUCUGCUUAUUACUACUCACUGCAUUAUCCUGCUUGAAGGAAAUUCAACUAUCUCUUGUUUAAUUCAGACAUCCAUUCCUAAUUCCUGGCUAUUUAAACAACUAAGUUCACUUUCAUUUCUUCUUAAAGAGACAUGGCUUAUUUUUUUCUGUAAUUGUUAUUCCACAAAAUCUGUUUCUAACUUGGGAACCAACAUGGUUAGUACUUUGAAUUGACCCUUUAGGAUACAGGAAGCCAAUGUAAGAACUGACAAAGGGGUGAUGUGUGAGAGGACCGACUAGAGAGGAAAAUCAGUCUGGCGGCAGCAUUCAUUACAGACUGUAUACGACUUUUGGGAGAGAGUUACAAUAACCCAUGCGGGAAAUUACUAGAGCAUGGGCAAGCUCCUUAGUAGCAUCUUGCGUAAGAAAGGGGAGGAUGCGGGCUAUGUUUUUAAGGUGGAAUCUCCAGGAUUUGGCAACAUACUGGAUGUGAGGCUCAAAGGUGAGGCCAGAGUCAAGGAUGGAAUGAUGGGGAUAUCACUAACUUGAAGGGAGAGCGAGAGAGGAGUAUCAGUAUUAGGAGGAAGAGCGACAAGGAGCUCAGUUUUAGAGAGAUUGAGUUUGAGAAAGCGGUAGGACAUCCAGUCAGAGAUGGAAGAAAGGCAAGCAGUGACACGUUGCAGGACGGCAGGGGAGCGGUCCGGGGAGGAGAGGUAUAUCUGGGUGUCAUCAGCGUUCAGGUGGUAGUGGAAUCCAAAUGAGGCAAUAAGUUUGCCAGGAGAGGCAGUAUAAAGAGAAAAUAGAAGGGGACCAAGGACAGAGCCUUGGGGGACUCCAACCGAGACAGGAAUGCAUGUAUGUGUCUGUGAGUGCGUAUUUCUCUCUGGGAAUGUGAUUUGGGGGUGUCUCUGUGAGCGUGUAUCUCUGUCUGGGAGAGUGACGCGGGGGGUGGGGUAUCCUGUGUGUUUGUAAGUGCUCCAAAAAUUCUAAUGGCAUCCCUACUUCCCCUUUAGAUUGUAAGCUUGCUUGAGCAGUGCUCCCUUCACCUACCUAUUGUCAGAAUUAAAUGUUUGUCUUGUUUACCUAUUGUACAACACCAUGGAAUAUGUUGGCGCUAUAUAAAUAAUUGUACUCACUUUGGUAUACUGAAUGUGAGUCUAGCCAUGUUUUACACAGGUCAUAGUGUCACUGAGAGAGUAAUAGGGCAGGUGGCUCACAGUUAUUAGAAUGCUGAUUAUUGAUUGGUGCAAUACCUCUCAGGUAUUGUGAUUCUGAUUUGUGAUUGGUUCAGUGUGUGGCAGUUAUUAGAAUGCUGAUAAUUAAUUGGUGCAAUACCUGGCCGAUAAUAUUAUUACGAUUCUGAUUUGUGAUUGGUUCAGUGUGUGACAGUUAUUAGAAUGCUGAUUAUUGAUUGGUGCAAUACCUGGCAGAUAUUAUUAUUACGAUUCUGAUUUGUGAUUGGUUCAGUGUGUGACAGUUAUUAGAAUGCUGAUUAUUGAUUGGUGCAAUACCUGACAGGUAUUGUGAUUCUGAUUUGUGAUUGGUUCAGAGUGUGACAGUUAUUAGAAUGCUGAUUAUUGAUUGGUGCAAUACCUGGCUGGUAUUAUUAUUAUUAUUAUUAUUAUUAUGAUUCUGAUCUGUGAUUGGUUCAGUGUGUGACAGUUAUUAGAAUGCUGAUUAUUGAUUGGUGCAAUACCUGGCUGGUAUUAUUAUUAUUAUUAUGAUUCUGAUCUGUGAUUGGUUCAGUGUGUGACAGUUAUUAGAAUGCUGAUUAUUGAUUGGUGCAAUACCUGGCUGGUAUUAUUAUUAUUAUUAUUAUGAUGAUGAUGAUGAUUCUGAUCUGUGAUUGGUUCAGUGUGUGACAGUUAUUAGAAUGCUGAUUAUUGAUUGGUGCAAUACCUGGCUGGUAUUAUUAUUAUUAUUAUUAUGAUUCUGAUCUGUGAUUGGUUCAGUGUGUGACAGUUAUUAGAAUGCUGAUUAUUGAUUGGUGCAAUACCUGGCUGGUAUUAUUAUUAUUAUUAUAUCAUUAUUAUUAUUCUGAUCUGUGAUUGGUUCAGUGUGUGACAGUUAUUAGAAUGCUGAUUAUUGAUUGGUGCAAUACCUGGCUGGUAUUAUUAUUAAUUAUUAUUAUUAUUAUUAUUAUUAUUAUUAUUAUGAUUCUGAUCUGUGAUUGGUUCAGUGUGUGACAGUUAUUAGAAUGCUGAUUAUUGAUUGGUGCAAUACCUGGCUGGUAUUAUUAUUAUUAUUAUUAUUAUGAUUCUGAUCUGUGAUUGGUUCAGGGUGUGACAGUUAUUAGAAUGCUGAUUCAGAAGUGGUAAAGGUAGUUGUGACUGUGAUUUAAUGCUGUCUCUCUCACCAGGAAGCAGCUUACUGUGAGUUUACUCUGAUAUUGCUGAGUCACUGCCACAGAAUACACACAGUUACUUAGCAUGUUGUAGCUGAGUCAGAGUGACUACCUGGCAGGCACUAGGACCCAGGGGGGGGGAGAGAGGGGAUUAGUGUUACAGGCUAAGCAUUGCCCUGCCUCCACACAGACUGACAGGCAGACUGACCAAUGGGUGAGCAGGGUCAUACACUGCCAGAGAGAGGAGGAGGGAUACAAUGUAACAGGCUGUCUGAGACAGACACAGUGUGUACCCUGAGAGACAGGCAGUGUGAGACAGACACAGUGUGUACCCUGAGAGACAGGCAGUGUGAGACAGACACAGUGUGUAACCUGAGAGACAGGCAGUGUGAGACAGACACAGUGUGUACUCUGGGAGACAGGCUGUCUGAGACAGACACAGUGUGUACCCUGAGAGACAGGUAGUGUGAGACAGACACAGUGUGUAGAGGGCAGAGACAGCCUGUGUGAUACUGACCUCCUGGACCCUAUUGACAGCACAGAUAUUACAAGGUGAGUAUAUGAAACACACACUAUUUUAUGUAAGAUCACAUAUAAACAAACACACACUAACACAUGCCUUGCUAUACAUGUUGUUAUGUGCUAAUACAUUAAGUUAUUGCUACAUUUAUGAUAAAAUCCCACUUUCCUGAGCAUUGAUACAUGUAGCAUGUAUGAUCAUAUUCACACAGGGCGGUUAUUGAUACAUGUAGCAUGUAUGAUCAUAUUCACACAGGUCAGGUGUAUAUACAUGUAUGUAUGAAAAUAUUCACACAGGGCAGUUAUUGAAACAUGUAGUAUGUAUGAUCAUAUUCAAACAGUUUGGUUAGUACAUGUAGCAUGCAUGACCAUAUUCACACAGGGCUGUUAUUGAUACAUGUAGCAUGUAUGAUCAUAUUCACAACAGUUUGGUUAGUACAUGUAGCAUGUAUGAUCAUAUUCACACAGGGUGGUUAUUGAUACAUGUAAUAUGUAUGAUCAUAUUCACACAGGGUGGUUAUUGAUACAUGUAGCAUGUAUGAUCAUAUUCACACAGGGUGGUUAUUGAUACAUGUAAUAUGUAUGAUCAUAUUCACACAGGGUGGUUAUUGAUACAUGUAGCAUGUAUGAUCAUAUUCACACAGGGUGGUUAUUGAUACAUGUAAUAUGUAUGAUCAUAUUCACACAGGGCAGUUAUUGAUACAUGUAUGUAUGAUCAUACCUACCAGGUGUCCCUAUUAAGGUUGGGCAGUCCCUCUGUUUGGUCCUAAUGUCUCUCAUUCUAAGAGCCCAGAAUACUUUGUGUGUGUGACAAUAUACCUAAACUCUACAACAGGGGUGCCUACACUUUUUAGUGUCAUGAUCUACUACUUUCUAAAUGACCAGCUCAACGAGAUCUACCUACUAAAAACAACACACUAAAAAAAGCAGAUCCUUAUUGUGACUACUGCAUGUAUCUUCAUAUUGAAUUAAUAAAAUAAAUAAAAACCCAUAUCACUACCUUCUACAAAACUCCUUUCACCCCCUUCUACAAACCCAUUGUCUCCCCUUCUACAAAUCCCAUGCCCCCCUCUACAAAAACUUCUGCCACCCCCUUCUGCAAAUCCCAUGCCCCCUCUACAAAACCCCCUGUCACCUCUUCUACAAAACCCCUGCCCAGCCCCUUACAGUAGUAUCCAUUAAAAAAAACAAUAUUAGCAAGCAGACACAACACUUACAAUUGAUGAAGGUCUGCGGCCCUCACCCCAUGAGUAAUUAAAGAGCUGGCCACAAUCUACCAGCAUCACCUUUGCAGUCGACUGGUAGAUUGCGAUCAACCUACUGGGCACCCCUGCUCUACAGCAAUAACAAAUACAGCCAUGUGUAUUCAAACUGUAACAGAUAUAUUUAAAAUUAAUCUUCGUAAAUAAAAUAAUUUGUCUUCGUGAGUAAUUUUUUUAAAAAUUACAUUAAGCAGCCAUCUGUAUGUUUAUGUGUAUAUGUAUGUGUCUAUGCUCCAUGUAUAAUGCAUGUUCUAACCUUGGUGUUAAUUCAUUAAACUGUUCAUUUCUAAGGAAAUUGCAAUUUAAAGACCAAAUAGCUAAACUGUUAAUUAGCUAGAGUUAGAGAUUUCUCAAGUUUUUUACUAUUUUGACAAUUGCCUUGCUAAAUCUCCACAACUCCUUGUUGAGUUAAUGAACCCUAUUAUUUUAUAACAUAUACAAUAUGGCACAGAAGGUAUUUCAUACAGUCCGAGACACUGAGAUCUGGUUACCUAUAAUUCAAUAUUAUCCUACAUAUGUGUUCAUUUUAGAUUGAAAGGACCCCCUUGCCACCUGCCUUGCAAAGACCUCUCAUUGAGCUGUAUUGGGAAGUCUUUGAUUGGACAGUCACAACAAAUCUGGGCUGGGGAAGAAGUGGAGGGCUUGCCAAUGAUUCAGACAAGACAAAACACUGUUUUUCUUUAGAAUACCUUCCCAUCCCAUCCCACCACCCAAACUUAAAACAACAAACAAACUAAAGCCAAACCUCUGAGGCCAUGUUCCUUCUGGCAUUCUCUUCCAAUGAAAUAUUAAAUCCGUAGCAGUGCCACUAUAAUACAAUGACUAUAUAUAACCUAGUCUGAUGCUAAAUGGCUAGAUAGAUCUGGUAUAAAAUCUAGAAGCUAUUGAUCAAUCAAAGUAUUUAAUUUGGAUCUUAAAGGACCACUAUAGUGCCAGGAAAACAUACUCAUACUCCUGCCGGGCUCUGAAAAGGGGAAAAACUUACCUUUUUCCAGCGCUGGGCAGGGAGCUCUCCGCCCCGUCGGCUGAAUGCGCACGCGCGACAAGAGCUGCGCGUGCAUUCAGCCGGUCGCAUAGGAAAGCAUUAUCAAUGAAAAUCAAUGAGACAGCCGCUAGAGGGAAUGGGGGAAGGCUUAACCCAUUAAUAAACAUAGCAGUUUCUCUGAAACUGCUAUGUUUAUUAAAAAAUGGGUUAACCCUAGCUGGACCUGGCACCCAGACCACUUCAUUAAGCUGAAGUGGUCUGGGUGCCUAGAGUGGUCCUUUAAGACUAACAUAGCUUUUCACUAAACGCCAAGUUAUAGCAAAUUGAAAUCCAAAUUAUUAUUUUAUUAUUUAUAUAGCGCCAACAGAUUCCGUAGCGCUGUACAAAUGACAACGAUGAUCUGGAAGAAAAAUAUUCAACAGAGCCAUAGUCACAACCGGACUAUUUUUUCUUACAUUUUGCAAAUCGCAUUUGAAUUCAUUGCAAUUCCGAGUUUGAUGGGUUCCUCUGACAGAUUUAGCGUUUCUGACUGAGGAUGGUGGGAGUGUCUUUAAAUCAAGGGCAGGUGCGAUGCUCCUUAGCUGGAUAGUUUUGUAGGGUGGGGUGACAGAUGGCCUUGAUGUCGAUAUAUUGCUGGUUAAAGGUGACAUAUAUAAUGUGUUGCUUUGCACGCAGUCUCUGUAUAUCUUUUGUUUGUUUGUCCAGGCAUUGUUUUACAGUAAAUUAACCCUCUACAGACCAAAGGCAUGUUACACGCCAGCACAACUGCCAAGUCUAUACAGCCCCUCACUCCAGUGAACAUGGCAUUCCAUCUGCAAAUUCCUUAAAGUUCAGUCAGUUAUGACUAUCAUUCUAUGUUUCUAUUGUAACAGAGCAGCAGGAAAUGCUAGCAGAAUGCUUGGUUGUAUAGGGAGAGGUAUUAGCAGUAGAAAGAGGGAAGUGCUCGUGCCAUUGUACAGAACACUGGUAAGACCUCACUUGGAGUAUUGUACACAGUACUGGAGACCGUAUCUUCAGAAGAAUAUUGAUACCUUAGAGAGAGGUCAGAGAAGGGCUACUAAACUGGUUCAUGGAUUGCGGGAUAAAACUUACCAAGAAAGGUUAAAGGAUCUUAACAUGUAUAGUUUGGAGAUGCUCUCUGUUACAUAGACAGUAGGUGGUUCUUAACGGAUUACUAAAGGAGGACCAGGCUGAGAAGAGUUAAGAUCUCACAGGACCCUCACGGCAGGUUACCAGUUAGGGGCACCCUUUAGUCUUCACAUAGUGAAGGUGAAUGAGGCCAAACCAAUUCGUAGUUCUAGGGUUUCUGUCUAAUCCCUGAGCCCUAAGCGGUCUCCUUGUGGUAAUUGUACAUUGGGUGCAGUCACUGGCCAGACCUGUCAUUAGACUAUAAUGGAUGUUAUUGCUUGUAUUACACAACACAUUACACAGUGUACUAAUUAUAAUAUACUGAUCUAAUGUAUAUAUCCAGUUAGGAAUGAAUGAAGUAUGGCAAUUGGGCAGCUCAUCUUUCAUGUUGCUGGCUGAGCAUAAUGACAGAGCAAGAUACAGCUAUUCAUCAACUCGGUGCGAUUUCAGACACGUGUGAACAGUUGCAUAUUAAGAAGUUAUACACAUACAGUUAUUCACUAAACUGAGGAUUCAAAGUGAAUUUUAAUGUCAAAGUAGCUGAACGGGAAAAAUUCUCAAAGUCCGCUAUGUUUCAAUUUCGGCUACUUUGGCCUUAAAUACACUUUGAAUUCUUACUUUGAUAAAUUCUGAUAUUGUUUCAUUCUACAGAAAGUUCCAAAGUUCUAAAGAGAUAAAAUCUCUUUCAGAAGGUCGCAAACCUUACUGCAAAAUGAUUUUGGAUGUGAUCUAGACCAAGGGGUGUCCAAAAGGUAGAUCCCCAGAUGUUUUAAAACUACAAGUUACAUGGUGCUUUGUCAUUCAAAAGGCAUUCUAAAAGCAUGCAAAGCCUAAUGGGAGUUGUAGUUCUACAACAUCUGGGGAUUUACGGUUUGGGCACCCCUGAUAGAGCCCUAUAGGCUAGCAGUACUUUCUCACACUAGUCCCUAGAAAGAAGUGAGACAUCAGAAACAGGGCAAGACUGGCGCAUAUUCUGUUUAGACGUGUAAUACUGUGUACUUAGAACACAUGUUUUUUGUGCUGUAAAUGUAAGUUUUCCAUGAUCCUUGUCCUAAAUGUCAUAUAAUAAUGGAGAUAUUGGUAAAAUUAAAGUAAUUACUAAUGUAUUAAAAUUAAAAGCACUUAAUACAUGGUUUAGUGGGUGAACUUUUUAUUAUUAUUUUUUUUACUAUACUAACUGCAGAUCCUGGACAAAUGCCAGGGUUACAGAAUCACUUUCUGUCCGACACAAAUGAAAUUACAAAAAGUUGUGAAAUUUUAGUGUCUAGUAUUGUUAUUUACAGCCUGGUACACAAGAGUAUGGAGAAUUGUGAGCCGAGAACCUGAUGUUUCCACACCCUCUGCUUGGUCCGUGUCUCACCACGUAAUAUCUAUAGGGAUCAGAGAGGGACAUAAGGGCGAGCUCCACCACGUAAUAUCUAUAGGGAUCAGAGAGGGUCGUAAGGGCGAGCUCCACCACGUAAUAUCUAUAGGGAUCAGAGAGGGUCAUAAAGGCGAGCUCCACCACGUAAUAUCUACAGGGAUCAGAGAGGGUCGUAAAGGUGAGCUCCACCACGUAAUAUCUACAGGGAUCAGAGAGGGUUGCAAAGGCGAGCUCCACCACGUAAUAUCUACAGGGAUCAGAGAGGGUCGUAAAGGUGAGCUCCACCACGUAAUAUCUACAGGGAUCAGAGAGGGUUGUAAAGGCGAGCUCCACCACGUAAUAUCUAUAGGGAUCAGAGAGGGUCGUAAGGGCAAGCUGCUUUAAAUUGCAUUUCAGUAUUUAUUGAUUUUGUGUUUCACUUUUCCUAAAGACAGGAGUUCGUAAAGAUGACAAGACUGGGGUCUUACUGCGAGCACAAUGGGAGCGUAUCUCAGGCGUGGCUGGAUAGCGGACUGUCCCCUUGCUUUUACUUCACGUUGGUGCCCUCUGUACUCCUCAGUUUUUCCCUCUUGCUGGGGACACUGCAGUCAGCCUGUUAUGCCAAACAAAGCAGGACAAUGGAACCCAAAUACAUACCACGCUCAAAACUCUACAGGCUUCAAAUUGUAUUGUCUUCGGUACUGGUUUUACAGGCCCUGGGGGGCCUGAUCUGGCAGGCAUCGGGCAGCGAGGUGAUCUAUGGGUACAUGAUAGUGUACGGCUGCCUAUCAGCAGUGGCCUGGGGAUUUAGCAUCUGGCUCCUUCACUUGGAGAGGACACGGGCCCUGGAUCGAGAGAGAAGCAGGGGCCACGGUGUGAUACUGCUACUGUUGUGGGCCCUAGCCUUUGCAGCUGAGAACCUUGCCUUUAUGUCCUGGUAUAGUCCCCACUGGUGGUGGAUGUAUAUGGAUAACCUGUCACAAAAGGUCAGUUUUAUUAUAUUGUUUCAUUUUUUUACACUCUGAUUUAAAAAAAAAACAUAGAUUUAAUAAAGCACUUAUCAGUCACAUGUCAGGUAAAUAUAAUAUUUUGGCGAGUUAGAGCGCACAGGGCUGAGUUCUUCUGCAGAAGAUACAAUUAAACUCUGCUAACUCUGGUAAUCAGCUCUCACAUUGAUGUAAAUGUUUCAAAUGGCAAUUUAAUUACCAGAUAUAGGUUUAUCUUUUAUAACAGACCAUAAUUGUUAUUAUUCAUAACAGAAAUUUAAUUUAUUUAUGAUUACCGGUUUUGUAAAGAUUUGACUGGUUUCAAUCUGUUAUCGGAUGUCUCCACAGGUGCAGUUCGGUCUAUGGGUUCUGCGUUAUGUCUGCCUACUCUUCCUAUUUGUACUGGGAAUCCUGGCGCCCGGCCGACCUCGCAAGCCGUACAUCCUUCUCGUGAAUGAAGAUGAAAGAGAUAUAGAGAAUUCACAGGUGGGAGAAGUAAGAAGAAUGUAUAGGUGGGAAUAAUUGGGGAGAAUGCACAGGUGGGAGUAAAGGAUGUGAAUGUGUAGGUGGGGUAAAGGAUGUGAAUUCACAGGUGGUAGUAAAGGAUGUGUAGGUGUGAUUAACGAAAAAGAUUGUAAAGGUGGGAGUAAAGGAUGUGACUGUGCAGGUAUGAGUAAUGGUAAAGAAUGCACUGGUAAGGCAUGUGAAUGCACAGGUGGGAGUAAAGGAUGUGAAUGUAAAGGUCAGAGUAAAGGAUGUGAAGGCACAGAUGGGAAUCCUGGCGCUUGUGCAUUCACAUCCUUUAUUCCCACCUGUGCAUUCACAUUUCUUUAUAUCUGAAGAAAUGUGAAUGCACAGGUGGGAGUAAAGGAUGUGAAUGCACAGGUGGGAGUAAAGGAUGUGAAUGCACAGGUGGGGUAUAGGACGUGAAUGUAAAGGUGGGAGUAUAGGACGUGAAUGUAAAGGUGGGAGUAUAGGACGUGAAUGUAAAGGUGGGGGGUAAAGGACGUGAAUGUAAAGGUGUGUGUGUGUGUAUGUGUAUGUGUAUAUAUAUAUAUAUAUAUAUAUAUAUAUAUAUAUAUAUAUAUAAUUUUAGCAGUCACAGUCUCCAUACCAGGCUGGAUUAUCAGGGUUUAUUAUUGCGAUCAGAUACUGCCAUCAUUGCUUCACUUUGCAAUUUGCAGCAUUCGUUGCAAUGUUUUCACAGUGCGCCCCGAUCACAUCCUGCUGAUCUCCUAAUGCUGUAUAUUCAGUAAUUGAUCCCAUCCAUUCCAGAGGAGGGACCUGUACAUUUCAUUUAUUGCCUACUGUUGCACAUUCUGUGACAGUGCGUUUCGGGAAUGAAGCCAGUCAGCAGCGUGAUGGUGGUACCUACUGCAGAAAGUGGAGUGAGUUUAGCUCUCUAACAUUUACUAGGAAACCCCAACAGGGCAGAAAUGUUUUAGCUACAGCAGUAAAGGCUGUCUGAGCUUCAUCUGGAGCGCAGUCUGGAGCAGCAUGGGCACCGGGGGGGGGGAGGGGGUAACUAUUUGUAACCUGUUGAAUGCUGACCGGGUAUUCAUAUAGUUUACUCAGUAGGUUAUUUUUUUUAUCUUUUGAUGCCCUGAUUUAUUGUCGUAUUCCUAAUGUAAAAUUUUUUUAAUCCCCUUACAUCCCUCAGCCCCUUCUCGGACCCCCGAAUGAAUCCACAUGGCAGGGUUUCACAAAGAAGGUUCGUCUCCUCCUCCCUUACAUGUGGCCGAAGGGGAGCGUCUUCCUGCAGCUACUGGUUCUUCUCUGCAUGGGAUUGAUGGGAUUAGAACGAGCUAUUAAUGUAUUUGUUCCAAUUUAUGCCAAGACUAUAGGUAAAAAUAUAAAUAAUAAACUGUAUUAAAUAAUGUCCCAGCCUGUCCUUCUCCAUAUAAUAAUCCUAUUCUAUGUUACAGAGCUCCCUCGCUAUCUUGCAUCACAGAUCCCUUCUUUUUCUUACAUUGUAUCACCUCCCUUAUAGAAAACAUACAUAGUGUUUUCUAAUUCACUGGUAAUGAGUUUGAAUUUUAUGAAGGAAGUCUAUUUACAAGGCUGUGAUAUGACACAUUAUUUUCUUUAUUCACAGUGGAUUAUCUGACAGAGGGCACAGCUUGGCACAUCUUGGCCCUCACCGUCUGUAUGUACGUUUUCCUCAAGUUUUUGCAAGGUGGAGGAGCAGGUAAGAUGGGAAAUGGGAAACCUUCUAAUAACCAGAUUCUACCAGCUCCCAGUCUCUAAUUUUCAUUAUUUAGUUGCUCUGCAUUUACAUGCUAUCAGCUUGCUAUCGACUAGUGCUCAAGACAUAUUUUAUGACUUCCAUUCACACAGACAUGCAUAUAAUUAUUGACUUACCUGCAGUUCUAUUGUAAGUCAUACAGGAUUAACGUUCAUAUAAAAACAGAUGAGUGGUUUAACAUCCUUUUUGCAGUGAGUGUAAGGUACACAGAUUGAUUCCACACCAACGACCCCUUUUUAUUUUUUUAUAUAUGUGCGACAACAGGUUGCAUUCAGUUGCUAUAAAUAAGUGAUCCCAUACAUUGCAUUCAGCGGGAGUGUGCACAUUAAGGGUUAACAUUGCAUAUCUAUAACAUACUCCACGUACAAUGUAUGUUUCUGUCACUACAGUGUGCCAACCUGUACUGUAUCUAUUACCCUGCAUUAUGUGCUUGUUUCCACAAUGUUAAUGUCAAACAAAGUGGAGGGGAUUAAGCAAAGACUCCAUAGAACGUUGGAGUGUUAUGUGCACACUGUUUUGAUAUGUUGGUGUAUAAUAAUGAGUUCAUGCACACAUACACUCACGUUUGCUGCAUGGAAUGAUACACCAGAUAUAAAGAAUUUCAUGUUAUUAUUUAACACUUAGCUUUGCAACACAUAAUUUAUCCCAACGAGAGACGUAUAUUUCUAACGGUUUUCCAUCAUUUGAAGGUAAAUGAGACAUCACGGGAAAUGUAGUUUACAAACUGCUGCAGCAUCUGUUGUUACCAUAGUCUUCAUCCUCCUUGCUUUUAGUUUUUAUUUCGUCUUUGCCAUUAUAGGGACAUUCCGUUUUUUUUUUUUUUAUGUUUUCAUGCUAAGCUGUGGUUCCCAGACUCCUCCCCCCCCUUUCACACAGUGAGCAUUGCUUCCUCUCUGAGAUGUACAAGUAUAUGUACAGUGUCAUUAUACAUUGUUUGCUACCACCCAGCCCAUCAAUCUCAUCCCCUCUUAGGAGCUGUGCGGUCAGCAUGGAUGCAGCGCUGCUCCCUGUAUGGUAGUAGUUACAUUGUUAUUAUAAACUUGUAAUGGUUGAGUAUUACUUGUUUAUUAGGAGAUUUAUUUAUUUUUAGUCCUACAUCCAUUAUAUCCAAGUCGUGUUUUUAGGAAUUAGGGCUGGUGAGCACAGGUAUCCCCCUAUUAGUAGAUUGUUACAAACAUUGCAUACAUUAAAAGUUGCCCAAUAUUGUCCAUCUCUUCUGGUAGUGUUGUUCUGUAUAGAGAGUACACAGCUGAGUAAACUAAUGUAUGUUUUAACCCUUUGUUGCCUUCUGCUGACAAUCCCCUUUUGUUGUUCUUCAAGGUGCGACUGGAUUUAUUAGUAACACGCGCAGUUUCCUGUGGAUCAAGGUUCAGCAGUUUACCAACCGUGAGGUGCAAGUCCGCCUCUUCUCCCAUCUCCACGCUCUGUCAUUGCGCUGGCAUCUGGGACGCAAGACCGGUGAAGUCUUACGCAGUGUGGACAGAGGCACUAGCAGUAUUAACAGUCUGCUCAGGUAAAAUUAAUCUGUGACUUCUGGUGGGAACCUUGCAGAGAUUUUAUUUAAGCUGUUAUAAACUCAUAAUACAAGUUAAAAGGGACCUCUUACUACCCAGUAUUUCUUAUAUUAUGUUUAAUUAUCCCUAUAUUUAAAAAUAUGUAUUUGUGAGGUGUGAAAAAUACAAUGUAGACAUCCACACCUCCCUCUUAUACCCAGGCUCCCUGUCACUGCACUGUGCAGGGAGUGAAGCAGGGAGGACCACAGAGAUUAACUGUCGCUUUUCAACAAUGUCCAACUAAAGCUGCAAUAUUGUAUGUUGCAAGUUUUAUUUUAAAAAAAAUGAUCAGUAUCACAUAUGUAGCAUUAGGAUAAGUUUACACACCUGGAGUAUGAACAUAAUAAUGGCUUUAAUACAAAAAACAUUCUUAUUUUUAUAAGACUUAACUAUCACUUAAACCAACCUUGAUCACACUGCCGCUUAUGACUCUCACCACCCUCAGCCAGUUUACUUACUAUUGUUCUUUCUUACUGUUUUGCAGUUAUAUUGUAUUCAGCAUACUUCCAACUAUUGCGGAUAUUGUAAUCGGAAUCGUUUAUUUCACAUCUUCGUUCAACGCCUGGUUCGGGCUGAUCAUUUUCAUCUGCAUGACCCUGUAUCUAAGUGAGUACUUGGGCCUCUCUCUUUCUGUGAAAUCUCAGAGGAUUACAAUGGGGAUUAUUCAGUAAAUACUGAAUUGCAAUGAAUUUAAGGAUACAGCUGAAGAAUUUUCCAAAUCCGAUAUUUUGGUGUAAUGUUUGCUAUUCCAUUAUGAACCCAUUACAAUUCAGUUUUUGUUAAUAAACCCCAUAAUUUGCUGCACAUGGCUAUAGUUCCAUAAAGAACACUCAGCAUUUUUCUGCAGUGCUAAGUGGUUGUGAUGUAACUGUACUCCAGAGCUGCCUCUGAAAAUUGUCCAUGUUUCGGGUACAAUGUCUGCCCUUCACAUGCACAGCCUGUAUUUAGCUCCUUCUACGACCAGGAGAAGGCGUCGAGCUGGUUCACAAGGCACUGCCAAAAACUUAUGAUAGCCAGUGUAAUACACACUAAAACAGUUAAAUGGGCUACUAGCGGUCCCUUACAGGGCAGGUCCACACAUCCUAAAUGUACAAGGAUUUAUGGGAGAGAGGGGAUAGUGCUCUGAGGGAAACGUUAAAUGUGAGAACGUUUUUCACAUGUACGUUUUAUUUUUACUUUUUAGAGCAUUAUUUUUAUAUUGUGUUAAAAAUUGGGGGGGGAGGGGUAUUUUAUUUCAUAAUUUCCCUUUAAUGAACUCUAGACCUAAUCUAACCCUAUUUUUCUUAAAGUCAUUUAAAGCAGUUACACUGCUGCCAGCAAGCUGUUCUAUGCCAUGUUUCAAACUAAUACGCUGCACAUACAGACUCCAAGCACCAUCACCACUUUAAAACACUGAGUAACUCUUGGAAACGAUGGAAAAGAGUGUGUAAAUUUGGAAAAAAUUACAUCAAGGAGGGUUGGAGACUUUACCUUCUGUCUUGUAGUUUAUUAUCUCUCUCCAGAAAUGGCAUUAUUUUAUCUUAGCCAUGGUUCAUUGUUAUUUAUAUGAAGAUACAAUUCCUUAAACCAAAUGGAUAUAAAAUAAAGCCAUAUGUGAUUUGUAAUAUGAAAUAAAAUGUUGUACUCCCUUUUUCUGUUACAAUUCCUGCCCUAUCCUAUUAUAAACUAAUUUCAGAUUUCUGUUUCCUUGGCAGCCCUGACCAUUAUUAUCACUGAAUGGAGAACCAAGUAUCGGAGGGAAAUGAACACCAGCGACAACGAAGCCAAGUCCAGAGCUGUGGACUCUUUACUCAACUUCGAAACGGUGACUCACUGGGCCUAAUUUGGCUGGGACCUGGGAUCUUGCUGGGAUCUGGCUGAGAGCUUGCUGGGAUCUACCUGGGACCUGGCUUAGAGCUUGCUGGAGAUCUGACUGGGAUCUAAAUGGGAUCUGGCUGAGACCUAGGAUCUUGUUGGGGCCUGGCUGAGAGCUUGCUGGGAUCUGGCUAGGCGUUUGCUGGGAUGUGGCUUUAAUCUGGCUGGGACCUUGCUGGUACCUGGGAACUUGUUGGGAGCCAGGCUGAGCGCUUACUGUGACCUGGUUGGGAGCCAGGCUGAGCGCUUACUGUGACCUGGUUGGGAGCCUGGCUGAGAGCUUGCUAGGAUCUGGCUGAGACCUGGAUGGGAUCUUGUUGGGAGCUGGCUGGGAUGUUGCUGAGUUCGUUCUGGGAUCUUUUUAGGAUCUGGAGGGACCUGGCUGAAAUAUUUCUGGGAUCUUGUUGGAAUCUGGCUGGGACCUGGCUGGCAUCUGGCUUGGAUUUUGCUGAGAUCUGACUGAGAUCUUUCUGGGACCUGGCUGAGAUCUUUCUGGGACCUGGCUGAGAUCUUUCUGGGACCUGGCUGAGAUCUUUCUGGGACCUGGCUGAGAUCUUUCUGGGACCUGGCUGGGAUCUUGUUGGGACCUGGCCGGGAUCUUGUUGGGACCUGGCCGGGAUCUUGUUGGGACCUGGCCGGGAUCUUGUUGGGACCUGGCCGGGAUCUUGUUGGGACCUGGCCGGGAUCUUGCUGAGAUCUUGUUGGGACCUGGCUGGAAUCUUGUUGGGACCUGGCUGGAAUCUUGUUGGGAUCUGGUGCAGUGCUGGUGCAGUGCAAUUAAAGCACUGUGACCACAAUCAAUGUAGUUAGUGCUUACUGGUGGUGGCUUGCUGUGACACUCACUUCUGUCUGUAUUGUUUCAGGUAAAAUAUUACAACGCAGAGGAUUACGAGGUGAACAGGUUUAAUGAGGCGAUUGUAAAAUACCAGGUAGGAAAUGCUAGAACCACAAACUAUGAUUUCCUGUCUCUUAUGAUGUCUGUUGUUGUGUGAUUUACUUCCUAUGGUACCUUUUUAGCUGCUGAUAACACCAGUAUUCUGAUCCCUGAUUUUUUUUUUUGAAUUUUUUUUUUUUUCCUGCAGGUGUCAGAAUGGAAAGUUAACGCUACGCUUGCUAUGCUGAACCAGACACAGAACCUUAUCAUCGGACUUGGGUUACUGGCCGGGUCUUUACUCUCUGCAUAUUUUGUUACGGAGAACAAAUUUAAAGUGAGUUGCGAUCGGUAUCCGCUUUCUGCUAUAUUUCUGUGUUGAGAUAUUUGACCCCUUGAGUUUGUUUUAUGUAACAUUGGAAGCAGUCCAAAACUCAAGGUCAUAGAUUUGAUUAUUGGUGAUGUCAUCUUUCCAAAGUUGAUAAGUUGAGUUCCAUUAAGUCGGGUUAUAGUAAAAUCUGAUACCAAUUUAGUUCAUGAUCUUGAGUUAGACUGCUUUCAGUUCACCCUGGGUAGAAAACCCCUGUCUAAAAUUAGGUGGUGAUAAUGAUUUUGAUUUUAAAAUGCCCUCACUCUAAUCCCCCCAGGUGGGCGAUUAUGUGCUGUUUGGAACAUACAUAAUCCAGCUGUAUACACCCCUCAACUGGUUUGGCACCUAUUACAGGUAAGGCGACAGGACACAUUGUUUUAAAUAUAUAGCUAAUUGUAAUAACUUCUCUCCAUACGAGGGCCGCCGGGGGUUAAAGGUAGAAUAUAUGUCUUGAGUCUGCUUGAUUUGUUUACAGGCCGGUAAAUCUUAAGCUAAUAUCCUGCCUUGGCAUUGUAUGUAAAUCAUAUCUCCUGGAUAUAAAAGUAGUCUUCUAACCCCACUCCAUCACCUUCACCCACUCCUCCACCACCCAUUCUACUCCAUCAUCCUGUCAUCGUCUCACACUCACUUUCAAUACUCAUGGUGUCUGCCACUGCUGACUCUUCGUUACUCUUUAAUAAGCAUUAAUACACUAUUCUGUCUGUCGCUUUAACUCUUCAAUAUACAAUCUGUCUGCUUCUCACCUUCUCUACUUCAAAACUCCUCACUUAUCUCUUGCAUGGCCUUCUGAAUACUCUCUCACUCCAUUCCUGUCUCUCUUCACUUGUAUCCUGAUAAUACCCCAUGUCCUACCACUCCACUCUCUCGCUUUCUCUCUCUCUCUUUCACACCAUUUAGACUACCCCUAAGCAGGUCUCAAUUACAUUCAUUUCCACUCCAGGUCACCCAUUAAUACAACCACCUCCUAUUCAUCCGAUCAGCCACCUCUCUCUUACCGUUUCACAAACGCCUGAUGGCACACCUCACUGUAUAAGCUUGAAUUUUCAUAGCUCUCACUAGUCACUUUCAGCCUAUUACAUCUGUCCAUACCCCCAUUCCAUUAUUCCCUGCUUCUCGUCUGUGUAUCCAUCACCCUGACCACAGCCAAAUAUUCAUCCUCUGUAUCUUACAGAUUUUUUUAUUCCACUUGUCCUUUAAUGAAUGUAUACAGCGAGGGGAAAAAGUAUUUGAUCUGCUGCUGAUUUUUAACGUGUGUCUAUUGACAAAGAAAUGAUUAGUCUCUAAUUUUAAUGGUAGGUGUAUUUUAACAGUGAAAGACAGAAUAACAAAAAACAAAAUCCAGAAAAACAAAAAAGUUAUAAAUUGAUGUGCAUGUCAAUGAGUGAAAUAAGUAUUUGAUCCCCUAUCAGCAAGAUUUCUGUCUCCCAGGUGUCUUUUGUACAGGUAACGAGGUCGUUACCUGUAUAAAAGACAAAUGUCUUUUACUACAAGAAACGUCUAAACUCUGAUUGCCAACAAGGGUUUUGCCACCAAAUAUUAAGUCGAAGGGGUCAAAUACUUAUUUCCCUCAUGGACAUGCAAAUCAAUUUAUAGCUUUUUUGACAUGCGUUGUUCUGGAUUUUGUUUUGUUGUUCUGUCUCUCACUGUUAAAAUACACAUGCCAUUAAAAUUAUAGACUGAUCAUUUCUUUGUCAGUGGGCAGACGUUCAAACUCAGCAGGGGAUCAAAUACUUUUUCCCUUACUGUGUGUACCUUACUGAUUAGUAACAUACUCUGUCCUGUAAUAUAACUUUAAAUGACUGCAAUCUGUAUAUAAGCAUUCUUAAAUAAUAUAAUUAUAAAAAAGAAAUCUCUGCAUGACUAAAAGCCGUAGUAGCAGAAUGACCAAGUCCAGGACAAACCCAACUCUUUUUAAAAAUCUUUGCACAAGCGUCAAACAUCUUUUCUCCUUCAUUGGUUGCUGUUUAUGCAGAUGUCUGAUGGUAUUGGUGAACCUAUCUCAAAGAAUCUUCUUUGAUACUGUAACGGAACCGCUGGCACCCCGACUGGGUACCUUCCAUUGACGGAUGCUCCUAGUGCUUUCUGAGGAUUCCAAGCACUCCGCCAGACACAAUAACCACUGUAGACUCCCACGAACCGCUGCAGCUUCGUUGGGGUCUCGCCGUCUCCACCCACUCUGGACCCAAGACCAGGGUCCAGCUUCCAGUAGGUUAACCUCUCCGAAUUCCAGAGAGCAGGAACAGGAACAAGCUAUUAGCAGAGCUUAGUGAUCAUACCCUGGGAAGUAUAGUGAUUAUAGUAAUCCCCAGAGUGUAGUUCUCCAAUCCACAAACAUGAGCCGAAACUUCAUGAAGGUACAAGAUGAUCUGACUCCAAUGAGCGUUUAUUACUCCUUAUAUACAAGUUUUCAGGCCAGAGGCACACCCCCUGGACCUGGUGGUAAACUGUGACAAAAGGGACACAAACCAAUGGGAACACUAAUUAACAUAAUAACACUCCCACAUACACAAUGAAAUCCCUCUUCUCCAUCCUGGAGAUAAUUGGCUUAAGGCACUGCAGUAAUCUCAAUUAUCUCCAGGUACAGAAAAUAUCUACAUUUUACAAUAACAGCAAAAAUAUGUAAAAGUACAUAAAAAUACAUAAUUCUUAUUAUAUUACACAGAACCCCCACAUUUAACCUAUACCCAGAUAGCUCGGAUCUGAGCGCCCAAUCUAGGUGAACAGCGCUCAGAUCCCAUGAACAGAGUAAAUUUGCCAUGGGGUAAAGCAUAGCAAGGGCUGUUGAGAAACCAAGGAGGGACAAAGCAGUCAGUUCCAACUGGUUUGGCAGUGUGCCUGGGACAACGCCCUGCUGGAGAACAAUAGACAGGAAACUAGGGAGGGGAAGAAACACACCUUCCCACAGAUUCAAAUGGGCAGAAACCGUCUUUAGAAGCCAAUAAGCCUCAAAUAGUCUUUUUAAAUGGCAAUACACCCCAGGGCCAUAGUAAUGAGGAAGGAGGCUGGCAAUCAGGCUCCUCCAACAGCCGGGGGCAUAGGGCAGCUUGUCACCUAACAAUCCAGUGACAAAAGGCAUUUUGUCACAGAUACCAAUGUUCAUCCACGUGAGUAUGGGACAGCUGAAGGUGAGAGAUCCCCAUUGUAGCACAGAUCUUCUCAGCUUCCUUUGUGACAAAAUGAUACUUAAGACUUGAAGAAGACCAGAAGGUGAUAUUGGUUCCCGUAUAACAAUCAGUAAUUUAUCUCCUCUGCAGGAUGAUACAGAAUUCCUUCAUUGACAUGGAGAAUAUGUUUGAGCUUUUUGGAGAAGAACUAGAGGUGUGUAUAACGGUACAGUCAGUGUGUCUAGGGGUUGGCCCAGCUGGCCUAAGAUAUUAUUUCAACCAGAUAAAAUAUUACUCAGUUGCAAUCAUAUCUUUAGCAGCAUAGAUCUGUCAUUCUAUCCCUUCAUUGACACUGUUAAACUUGUAGAACUAUUUCCAUGAAAUUUAAAAAGCUUUAUUCUGUUGCUGGGCCAAGAAAGCCUUUCAACCAAUUGGCACAUUUGCAUGAGUCACAUGACUACGAAUUAUCUUUAAUCUCCCCUUACUAUUUUGAUUGGUACAACAUCUGGCAUAGGUAAAUUAAUUAUUAUUUCUCAGAAUUAGUUAUUAAUGAUAUAACUUAUUAGAACAGAAUAUUUUAAAAUAAAAUGAAUGCUUAAAAGGUGUUUAAAUGAUGGCAUAACCCCCAGUCUCUUUUUAUCCUGUGCACAUCCGUGUUAAUUUGAUUUACAGUAGCAUGUUUACUUGAAGCAGCUGUUUUUUAAUUUAGGGCUAGUUUCAGAAAAGCCUCACCUACCACAAUGUUCUGAAAUGACUAUUCACUUUGACAAAUAUAGUGUCUGUCUUCCUUCGUUCUUUCAGGUUCAGGAUAUGGUAAAUGCUCCAGAGCUGAGGUUCCACGCUGGAAAAAUAGAAUUUGAAAACGUCCAUUUCAGCUAUGUGGAUGGGUGAGAAACACGGGAGAUAGGUGGCGUGACUCGUGAAUGUAGCAUGUUUUCAUUGGUGUUUGAUUACAUGGAUCAGAUCUUUGUGAUCGUUUUAAUGCUGGAUUAAAUUCCCCAAGUUCUCUGUGUCUACACAGUAAUGGAACAGACUUAUAGAAGGCCCUUACUGUACCCGAAAGCCAUUUUCUCCAAGUCUCUUAACUCGGUCAGUUGUUGUUUGUUUAUUUAGGGGUUUUUUGGUACCUUGCUGAAUGGUAUCUUUAAAGGUGAUUCUUGUCCAAAAGCAUUAUUUUGAAGGCUCUCAUCCUGUGCUAUCGUGGAGGUAUGACCUGCUUUGGAGUUAGUCCAAUCCAAUGCUCUUCUUAGAGAAACAUUAGGGAGCUGAUGUGCAUGAGUUUCGAGCACCACAAGCACUUCAAAUUCCCAUAGAGAAAAGAAUGAAUCAAUGCUUUCAUAUGGGAGCUGCAGUUACAUGAGUUUUUAUCGGUCAGUGUUGGGAAAUCAAUAUGGCAGUCACUAGAGGUGUGCUUAACCCUUCAAUGUAAACAUUUCUCUACAAAACUGCAAUGUUUUACAUUUCAUUGUUAAACCUACAGGACCACUACAUCCAAGCCACAUCAUUGAAAUGAAGUGGUCUGGGUGACGAUAGUGGUUCUUUAAUUUUAAUUAAAUGCAUCCUGAAUAUUGUAAAAUUAUUGUUAUGUAUCUUUGGGAAUUGUUCAUAAAGGAAUAAAGUAAAAAGUCACUUUUUUUUAAAAUAAAAAUACAGCCUUUUCUAUAUUGUUCUAAAAAUGUGUUUAGGUCCCUAGAAAUAUUUUAUUUUGGCACUUCAAAGAUAAUUCCCCCGACCUAAUCUCAGCAAAAUUAAAUAUUUUGAAAGAGAUUGUCUGUAGAGUCACAUGGUCAGAAGGUCAGUUGAUAAGCGUGGCCUUAGGGUUCUUUCCAAGUAUAACGUUUAGUUAGAGUUUGGUUUGGUUAAAGUUGAAAUCUGUUCAAUGUAUAAACAAAUCCAAGUAGGUUUUGUAGAAUGAACCUCAUGUACUCCGUGCUGCACAACCUUUGCACACAGCUACUUGUUUUCCAUGGGUUUUGUCUUGUCUAAAACAAUCCAAUUAUGGACCGUAGCUUUACAAGGCACACGGUCAUUGUGUUUUUAUUUGAUUUUAAAUUAAAAGAUUCCGUGUAAUGUAAUUAACUGGUGUACUAUGUUGCAAUGCAAACAUUUUAAAGAUAUUACUUUUUAAAGUGCCUCUCCUGGUUAAGUGCUUCUUGUUCCCCCCUCAUUAUACUAUUUCCCCCUCCUAUAAUGAAUGUGUUACUAAUUGCAUCUUAUUUUUCUCUGUGUACAAGCAAGGAAAUCCUCCGUGAUGUCUCGUUCACCGUGAUGCCAGGGCAAACUGUUGCACUGGUGAGCGAUUUUUCAGCUUUUUCAGUCAGAUAUCUUGGAUACAUAUUGGGUAAUGGUGCUCUACAGCUGGACUACAACUCCAUGAUACUCAGCCAGAUAUAUGGCUGCUAUAGCCCAACUCUGCUUUAAUCAGAUAGAUGAUACUGUACUUUAUUUCACCAGCAUUCCUGCAAUAAACACUGGGUUCUUCAUUUCUAUAAACUGGGAAUAUGCUGGUAAACUAUAUUGUUUGUUAUAAGUGAAUUUUGAAUUUUAGAUCAAAAUAGCUGGGAAAGGCUAACUUUUUUUCCCCAAAUAAUGUUAUUUUACUUUUACUUUAAAUUUGAAAAGCACUUUGAAUUCCUCAAAAAUACUCCUUUUUAGUGAAUAUAUUAAUUGUUGGGGAAAUACCAAAAUGAAAUAUUUUGAAAUCCAUACUGUUUUGUUACCUGUUUUCAUACGGGGCUGUCAAAUGCCUACAUAUUGGAGGUGGAGAAGUCAGUCCCUCCUAUUUCAUACACUGGAUACUGAGGAUUUGUAGAAUUUUGUGUGGAAUUAUCAAUGUAUAGCUUCACUAUACAGUACAAUGUAAACUUACCAUUAAUGAGAAAAUCUCUCCUCCUGUUCACUAGGUCGGUCCCUCUGGCAGUGGAAAGAGUACCGUCAUACGGCUCCUAUUCCGCUUCUACGAUGUCAAAGGAGGAAGCAUUCGUGUGGAUGGCCAAGACAUUUGUACUGUAAGUGUAACCUGCUCCAAACAUCGCAAGAUAUAGAGAGACAAACAAACCGAAGUAUCCUUGCUAGUCUAGUAAUUGAAGAAUGUUGCACUAUGCAGUGAUACUUUUUGUACUGGACUUACAAUACAUAUUAAAAGAUGACAUAUAUUCAAUAUGUAUGAUCAAUAUAAUGAAAUAUGACAUUAGUAACUUGACACAAUUGAUAUGCUGAUCAGUGAGAGGGGGCGUGGGAUGCUCUACAUAUCAGAAAUAGAUUCUGAUAGUGAUCAAUGAAAGGGGGCAAGAAAUAACUAAAUUAAGUCAGACAACAGAGAGACUAAGAAUCAGAGGAUCACAUACAUUUAAACAUCUGUAUAAGAAGUGCAUUAAAUGGUGGACAUUCUUAUAGACUCAAAGAUGUCAACAUUAUUGUAAAGCACCACGGAAUAAGUUGGCGCUAUAAGAACACCACAAAUAAUAUUUAUCAUAUCUGUACAUACAAAUCGUUUAUAGAUGGUGAAAAUAAUAAUAAUAAUAACAAAGUAUUUAACCAAGAAAGGACAUUCAGAUUACUCUGGUUUUAAAGGACGUCCUGGGCAUGUUAUUUUUGCCCAACAUCCAGGGGAUGUUACUAUUACCUAAUUUAACGCUACUCAUUUUAUCUACCUCGUAAGUGUAAGCUAUAUGAACCUUUCAUUAAAUUACCAUUUUUUAACUUACAUAGCCAAACAUGUGAGAAUGGGAUCUCAAAUCAAUGGAUAAUUCAAUGUAUAAAAUGUAUGCAUCAUACGCAACAAUAAUACGCAAUCCACUACAACGGGGUGGGGAGGGUUUGUCUCUGCUGUUUAAUUUUUGUGCCAAUGGGUAUAGUGGGGUCUGUUACAUCUUUCUUCUAUUGGUAGCAAAUUGUGUUUGAAGAAAGAAACUUUCUUACUUUGUUGGAAUUUGGUAUUUAUUCCUAACUUUUUGGUAUAAAAUUGGAAACAUUCUUCCUGCUUGGGUUCUUUGGCCUUCGAUUUAGCCGAUUUAGCCUUCGAUUUAUUUCAAUUCUAUACAAUUCCCAAUUCAGCAAUUAACUCCGGUUAAGUGAAUGAUUUCCACCUUCUGCCUUUAGGUUUUGCAGGCAUCCCUGCGCGCUCACAUUGGGGUGGUGCCGCAAGACACUGUGCUGUUCAAUGACACAAUCCGUAACAACAUUCGCUAUGGGCGUGUCAGUGCAUCAGACCGGGAGGUGGAAGAGGCAGCAAUCGCAGCAGACAUCCAUGAUCGGAUCGUCUCGUUCCGCGAUGGUAAGUAACUCCCUCACAGCUGCUUAGCUCUUGCUUUUUUUUUUACUGCAAAGUGUGCUAUGGGUAAUCGAUCAGUGGUGUACUAACUUCAUUUUCUGAGUGAUGGUGACUAAAUCCAGGGAUACACUGCAGAUAUAAAUGGCCAAAUGCAACGUUCGCCAUACUGUACAAUGAUUAUCUGACACUGGCCUCAAUUUAAUCAUUUUGGAUAAGCUUUUCAAAUGAUUUUAUAUUUAGAAUACUUUUUAUAAAAUAUUAAGAUAACAAAAAAAUAAUAUAGAAAAAUGUAUCCGUAUAUAAAAACAAAUCCAAUUAAAAAAAAAAAAAAAAUUAUAAAUAUUUAUCCAAAACUAUUAAAUCAAGGCCAUAGUAUGUAAUCCAGCUCUAUUCAAGCAUACAAGAAACGUCUGACCUGAUUGACCUGUGAUUGCCAACAAGGAUUUCGCCACCAAGUACUAAGUCGAAGGCGUCAAAUACUUAUUUAAUUCAUUGACAUGCAAAUCAAUUUAUAGCUUUUUUUUGACAUGCGUUUUUCUGGAUUUUUUUUUUGUUAUCCUGUCUCUCACUGUUAAAAUACACCUACCAUUACAAUUAUAGACUGAUCAUUUCUUUGUCAGUGAGCAAACAUUCAAAAUCAGCAGGGGAUCAAAUACUUGUUUUCCUCACUGUACAACAUGUUCUGUGUUUUUUUUUUUUUGUUGUUUUUUUUUUUUAAACUCUUUAUUUAAGUAUGUAUAAGAAUACAGAGAUAUAUCAAAAGGUCCAUCAGUUAAUAUAGCAUCACACAGCAGUAUUUCCUUUCUACAAAUUUUGAAAUCACAGUUUUUAAAGCAUUUUUAUUUAGUGCAUUAAAAAUAUAAAUAAAUUAAAUAAAUGAAAGAAAAAUACUUUUUAUUUAAAGAUUCUAAAUCUGAAACUCUUAGACAAAGAAAAUGUCUCCUGAUCAGGAAGAAGUUUGACUAGUCCGGAACCUUGCCCUCUGCUGUGUGGGUUUGGUUCUUGUAAUCACAACAGCCACAAAGACAGAAUAAAUCUAUCUCAAUACAGACAAUGCAAUAAAACCAAAUAUCAUUAUAAACCAUUUGAAGGACAAAAGCUGUACAGCAAAGACAAUGCCUAAAAUAAGAUUUCAAAUCCGCUGCAGGUUUUUAUAAAUGAAGGGUCUGAAAAUUAUAUAUACCAGAAGGUGGUUAUAAUACGGAGGGUCUGAAAAUGUUUAUUUGUCCAAAAAAUCUUGCAAAUUUGUCAGAGGAUAAAAAUUCCAACCAGAUAAACCAUCAUUGGUACCUACAACAUUUUAGCACAAAAUAUUGUGUCAUCAUUAAAUAAAAACGAUCUUUUAUUCUGUCUCUUUGCAUGUAGUACUUGGUACUAUUCUAUUAAUUUGGUUCUCCGACUAUGUGGAGAACAGGGUUCUAGAACAGUUUAACUCAUUAAUGGCUGGUGGUUCUAUUAAGUUGUCAGUGCUCACGGUUGUACUCGCCUUUAACUCGUAUACAGUUUUCUGUGUGCGUUUUUGGAACAAAGAACAUUCAUUACAUUUGAAAAUAGGGAAAUUUUAAAGACGAACAACUCUGUUCGGGCAGUGUAAUGAGAGUAUAGCAAGAGCUUUUAGAUUAUGAUUGUUGGUGUGUAAUUUACCCGUUUACAAAACAUUUUAUUAUUUCCUAGAGAUUUUAGUUCCACAACAGCCAACCACUACCUGUUGCCCGUUAUAUAUUUUCUUGUGGUUUUUCUGCAGGUUAUGACACUCAAGUAGGGGAACGAGGACUGAAGUUGAGUGGAGGAGAGAAGCAAAGAGUCGCUAUUGCUCGAACCAUCCUGAAAGGCCCGCAGAUUGUUCUACUGGAUGAGGUGAUGUAUCCAGUUUAUUGUGCAUAGAAUGUGCUUGUAAGAUAAUGCUUGGUAAAAUGAUAUUGUGUCUUGAUAAUAUUUGGUACCAGGUUCUCUGAUUGUGUUAAAUAGUUUUUAUUGGUAUCAUCACAAACCACAAUCUGCCUGCGCAGAGGAAGUAAGUAAUGCAAUCCUGAUGCGUAAGACCUCUCAGACAGGGUGGGAUUCAAUCAUUAGGAUCGCGAGGGCAACAGCUGAGCAGCCUCAGUAAAGCAAAGAUCAGCAUUAUAGAGUAUGAAGCAUGAGCAGAGAAGAGAGGAAGAUGAGAGAGAGAGAGAGAAAAAAAUGGGGGGAGGGGUGUAGAAUGUGUGAGACAGGGCUUGGAAGGGGGGCGUGUGGCAGUUGGAUCUAAUGGUGUGUUGUAAAAUCUGGGGGAAGCAGGUAAAGGGUCCUGUCCUGAGUGACAAUCUGUGGUCAGUUGCCCUUCCAUCCCUCAUGCCAGGCCCCUCAGUCCAGAUCAACCCCGGUGUAUGUGUCAGUUAAGAAUCUUGCAAAUUUGGCAGAGGAUAAAAAUUCCAACCAGAUAAACCAUCAUUGAGUGUACCUCUCCCUGUCCCGAACUGAUAAUGCCUUCAGGUCUUCGAAUCUUCUCACAUGCCCAACUCUUUGGUUCUGGUUCUCUGAAUGUGGUGAAAGGAAUGACAUAUAAUAUGGUUCGAUGUCAUUUUUCUGUAGAUCCACUGCUUGUCUUAGUGCCUCCCAGUUUAUAUGAGUACUUUAAGGCAUAGAACACAUCUUAAUGUUUCUUAAUGCCUCAUUGCCCACUGGUUCUCUGAAAUGGAUGGAAUAGCACAGAAUUUGGUUUGGUGUUAAAAUUUGGUAGAUCUCUGUAUUCACCAGUUUCCCAGAUUGUGAUUGAAGGAAGUAAUGGAACAAACUCUUAAUGGAUGGUGAUAUUCUUUAGUUUCCCUCCUUAUCUCCAUGCCCACCAAAUUCUGAGAUUGUGAUUUAGCAAAAGGAAACACAGAUUGUGAAUGGAUGGUGAUAUCCAGGUUGUCUUUCUAGGAUUUAAGGAAAUGACAGAAUGUUAAUGAAUAGCCCUAUUUUGUAGACCGAUUCCUUGUGUUGGUGCCAAGCUCACUAGUAAUAUUCUCAUUUCAAUUCUCUACAGGCCACUUCUGCUCUAGACACAGAAACCGAGCGCAAUAUACAAGCGUCUCUGGCCAGGGUCUGUACUAAUCGAACUACAGUUGUGGUGGCACAUCGGUAAGUUUAUUUAAAUCUAGAAUUUGGAAAUCUCCUCCUAACUUGUCUUAAACUUUCUCAGAGUUCAGGAUAAAAAAUAAAGAUCUCUAAAUAGAAUUGAUACAUUACAUUAAAUCACAACUAUUUAUUCUCAAAUUGCAAUGCUCUGUUUGUAUUGUGAUUUGUUGCACAGUGCAGAUAACAUAGAUACAAGAUAGCAGGAAAUGUAUAGCAAUAAAGCGAUCUAAAAAUCUUUUUAUUUAUUUUAAUACAUCAUUUGCAACAAAAUGACUGAACAAUACUUACAUCACUUUGUGUUUGGGCACAUCUAUCACACAGUUCCACAAUUUCUGACCGUAGUCAUUUAAUAGAGGAACACAGAUACUAUUCGUGUCACAUUUGCAAAACGUGUCUCACUAAAACCAAAUUCUAUACAAUCUCUGUAUGUGAAUAUUGCAUUCCCGGGUAUUUAAAGAGGAUCUGACAUUUAUGCAUUCACUCAGCCCAGUAAACACUAAAGCUUACUCUAACACUUACAUUUCUUUAAUAAUGCAGGGUGUGCACGUGUGAGUUCCCACACUGCAUCAUGGGAAACCAGUAAUUUGCAUUAGAUGCUAGACUGUUCAUUGGCAGCCUUGCUAGACUGUUCAUUGGCAGCCUUGUGAGUUUUAGUCCUCUUUUAUGCCAUGCAAAACUCUCCAAUGAGUCGCUUUUUAAAAAUUUAUAUGUUGCUGAUCACCAGAGUAGAAGGAAAAAUUUAUUUUACAACCUACAUAAUUACAUUUUUCUUUUUUUCCAGACUCUCAACCGUGAUAAACGCUGAUCAAAUCUUGGUUCUUAAAGACGGGCAGAUCAUGGAGAGAGGAAGGUAAAUACAUUCUUGUUUGAUUAAUUAAAUGCUAUUACACACUGUCUGAUUGGAAGUCACUGUAUGAUGGGCUGGAGAGGGGUGAUGGAGGGGUGGGGGGGGGGGAGGUUAGUAGAUACCUCUGUUUCAACUUCUAAAUCUAAAAUGUUUGGAGGAUCUGCUCAGGGCAUCCCAUGUUUAUUUAUGGACUUGUCUUCUAGGCACGACGAACUUAUAGCUAAAGGGGGCAUAUAUGCUGGCAUGUGGCAGAAGCAACAGAGUGGCACCGAGGAGUCUUCCGAUUCAGAUACUGAACGAAAAGACAGGAGUUCCGAAAAACUACAACCUCCAAAACCAGCACUGAGGAAGGGACACUAA